AUCGGAUAAAUGGCGAAGUUCAAGAUGAAAGUCUGCCGGCUAUGGCUGCUCUUUGUUUUGUUUCUUCCUUUAUCAGGUGUUCUGUGUUUCAGUGAGUUGUCUUUUAUCACAGAGCCCAGUGAUGUGACUGUACUGCCAAAGGAUCCUGCUAUCUUGGACUGUCAGGCUCAUGGGCAGCCUCCAGUCAUCAUCAAGUGGUUAAAGAAUGGAGUUCGCUUGACAGAAAGUGAGCACAUACAGUUUCUGCCAAACGGCUCCUUAUACAUACCAAAGAUAAAGUAUACCACGGAGGAUUCAGAUGAAGGAUUCUACCAGUGCCUCUCCCAAAACAAAUAUGGAGCUAUCCUAAGCCAAAGAUCACGUCUGACUAUCGCAAGUAUCUCAGAGUUUCAAAUACAUCCUGUGCCUAUGAUGGUGACUGAGGGCUCAGUGGCACGAUUCUCCUGUGCUGUCACCUCCAACCCUCCUGCCACCAUCACCUGGGAGUUAAACCAAAGCACAUUACCAUUAGAGACAGACAGAAUCACAGUUUUGCCAAAUGGAGUCCUUCAGAUUCACAAUGUACAACUGGAAGAUGCCGGACAGUAUCGAUGUGUGGCAACCAACAUUGGUAACCGUUUGGAGAGUAGAGAGGCAACACUGACAGUCAAUCAAGGUGCGGGCCCCAAACCCCGUCAGAGGCCCAGGAUCAUUGCUGGACCUCAGAAUAUCACGGUUUCCCUCCACCAAACUGUUGUGUUGGAGUGUAUGGCUACAGGUAAUCCUUGGCCCAUCAUCUCCUGGAGUCGUGCUGACAGUAAACCUAUCGAUGUCUACAAUGCUAAAGUGCUGGGGAAUGGGAACCUGGUGAUCACCGAUGUCAAUUCCAAGCAUAGUGGAAUCUACCUCUGCAGGGCCACCACCCCUGGAACCCGUAAUUACACCAUCGCUGCAGCAAACCUCACAGUUCUGGUGCCGCCAUCCAUUGUUGAGAGGCCUGAAAGUCAGACCCGUCCAAGAGCGGGCACAGCACGGUUUAUGUGCCAGGCAAAGGGUGUUCCUCCACCCCGCAUCAGUUGGCUGAAAAACGGCGAAGAGGUUCAUUUAAAUGGCAGGAUCAAGAUGUACAACAGUAAAUUGGUUAUAACCCAGAUCAUUCCUGAGGAUGAUGCCAUCUAUCAGUGCAUGGCAGAGAGUGAACAGGGUUCUGUGCUGUCUUUGGCUCGCCUUAUUGUUGUCAUGUCCGAGGACAGGCCCAGUGCACCAAGAAAUGUCCAUGCUGAGACCAUCUCAAGUUCAGCCAUCUUACUUGCCUGGGAGAGACCACUCUACAAUGCGGACAAAGUCAUUGCUUAUUCAGUCCACUAUAUGAAGGCUGAAGGUCUUAACAACGAAGAAUACCAAGUUGUUAUUGGAAAUGACACGACCAGCUACAUUAUUGAUGACCUUGAGCCAGCUCGAAACUACAGCUUUUACAUUGUGGCUUAUAUGCCAAUGGGAGCCAGUCGUAUGUCUGACCAAGUCAGUCAACAUACCCUGGAGGAUGUGCCUCUCCGCACCCCAGAGCUAACUCUGACCAGCCACAGCUCAACAGACAUCCAGGUGAGCUGGCAGCCACUACCUGCCAAGGUGAGCCGUGGGCGGGUGUCUGCAUACAGACUCUCAUACCGUACAGCUGCAGACAACACAGUCACCUCAGUGGAACUACCUCAGAACAGUACUGAAUACCUCCUGGAGGGCCUGCAGCCUGACAGCAUCUACCUGCUCCGCAUGGCUGCAGCCACUCGUGUGGGCUGGUGUGAGCCUUCAGCUUGGACCUCCCACCGAACACCUAAAAUCUCCAGCAACAAAGUGCCUUCAGCCCCUGUUCUUCAGUUGGAGCCUCUCAACUGCACUUCCAUUAUGGCACGCUGGCAAACUCCCUCAGAUGCUGUGGCUGUCCAAGGUUACAGAAUUUGUUAUCAUGAGGAAGGCCAACCAGAGCAGCCCACCAUCCAGCUACAGGCUCAAACCUACACCUAUACCAUCAGUGGCCUUGAUCCAAGAAGAAAGUACCAUGUGAAGAUCCUGGCCGUCAGUCAAGCUGGAGAUGGUUAUCAAACAGACCGAACAAUCAGUACUCCUGGAUGUGUGUCGGCUAGAGACCAACUGGCAGCAGCGCCUCCACCUCCAGAUCACGUGACCGUCUUGGCCCACAAUUCAUCUUCAGUGUCCCUGCGUUGGAGCCGUCCUGCGUUCACUUCUGGAAAAGCUGUUAGCUAUACAGUCCGCUGUACACCCGUGGGCACACACAACGCGUCUGCUAUUCGUUACAUACAAACAAAUAAACAGAGUGUAAUGGUUCAGAAUCUGAAUCCAAACACUCGUUAUGAGUUUGUGGUUCGUCUUCAUGUGGACCAGAUGUCGAGUCCGUGGAGUUCUGUUGUUUACCAUCACACCAUGCCCGCAGUGCCUAGCCAACCACCUGCAGGAGUGAGAGUGACUCUGAUUGAGGAUGAUACUGUGUUGGUGUCCUGGAGGGAGCCGACAGAGCCCAAUGCGGUCAUUACACACUACACCAUCAUGUAUGCUUCUCAGACAUCCUGGUUGGCUGGACAGUGGCAAAUUCUGCAGAGGGAGGGAAGCCAUACAAUGGCCCUUCUAGAAAAGCUGGAACCAGGUAACGUGUACCUGGUGAAGAUCUCUGCCUCCAACCAGGUGGGGGACGGACCUUUUUCCAGCCCUGUAGAGCUGGCACUGAAGCGUGGAAAUGGCUACCGGAGCAAGAACCCUCGGCACUCCGACAGCUUCCCAGACACAACAGUGUUCUCUGACGGCCUCUACCACAUAGACCAGAAGUCCAUGACAGGGAUCAUCGUCGGUGUUAGCAUUGCUUUGGCCUGUAUUAUUAUGUGUGCUAUGAUACUCAUCAAUAAGGGCAGACCAAGAAAAUCUUCCAGUCACAAAGUCAUCACUGUGGGAGACAGUGAAGGUCCACGAUCUGGUCUGUCUCUGCCUAGUGAACGCCAUGUGGAAAACGCCGAGGCCCUUAUUCCCAUGAUGAAUGAUGUCUUCAUAGAUGCCAAGGGUGGAUCUAAUAUGGUUAUAAAUAGCAACGGUCCAGUCAACAGCAAGAAUCAAAGCAAGAAGUGGCUGCUCUUCGGGAGGGAGAAGAAAAAUUCAGCUGCAAGCGAUCUUGAGAAUAGAGCGAGCUUGUAUGAAGCUGGCAAAACUGUUCUGAGGUACGAGGAGCGUUUAGGUUCAGCACCACUGCCGCCUUCAUCCCGGGAGAUCAUCUACGGCCCACUUCACGCAGAGAGCUCCCACAGUAGCGAAGGCAGCCAAGAGACCGGAGACUCUGGACACUACUCCAACGAAGAGAGCAACGAAGAAAUGAGCAGCCCCUCCACCGGCCGAAGCUCCAGACCCGAAUCGUUUGGACCGGACGACAUCACCACCGUUGCCGAACUGAAGCAGUCCUUUGAAGUACAAAACGAGGAGACGCCGAGACACCCCCCCCAUCACUCCGUCACUGAUGCCUCUGAGAUCUGCUGCAGCUCAGAGGGCUCUCAUCCGGCCCGACACUCCUCCCAAGCGGUCGGGUCCUGACAUCGCCUGGCCUGGAUGUGCUCCCCAGCUACCGGAGUUAUGUCGCUAUUUCCUUGUUUGCUUCCCGAGUUGAGCCUCCCUAUCAUUUCCUGAGGCACAAAGGAUCAGGGAGCACAGCUGCUGCGAUGGAGGGAAUGUGCACUGGCUUCGGAUCUACCUCAGGAUUUUGUAUGAAUGUUUGUUAUAACAUUUUAUUUCCAUUUUUUAAACUUUCUACCUGUUUGUCUGUGUUUGGCAUUGUCUGUCCAAAACCAAAGCUCACCUACGAUGAAUGUUUAAAAGAAUGUUCGAAAUGUACUGCGAUACAUUUUCAUUGUAUUUAAUUUUUUCCACUGGAGCAGAGGGUAUAAUUGAGCCCUUUUGACUUUUGACUGAUUAUCUACCUCAGUGUUCUGUUCCUGUAUAUACAUUACUACCUCCUUUGUACCACGUAUUGUGCAGUAUUAUCUCAGACUCAGGGGACAAGGUGCAAACACUUCAUUGCCACGUCUUGUUACCUCUGUUGGGCGUUAUUAUCUAGAGACCUUCAUUUUUAAAUUCUCUUGAGCUUUUAUUUUCAUGGUUGAAAGAGCUUUCAUUUGACAUUAUUUGUCGUUGAAUGGUGUAUGUUGUGAAAAAACAAGUGCAUUAGAUUUUGUCAAACCAUUUGAGCUUUAUUAUACAAUAUUGUUUGGCUUUUUAAGUGCACUGAACCAAAAGCUUUAACAUGGCCUUAAAGUUGAAAGGGCUUUGCAUACUAUAAAUGAUGAGAUCCAAAGACAGGAAGAAUUGUACCCAAAGAGUUUUGAUAAUACAAAGAUAUUCUAUGGCAGCCAAAAAUAUAGUGAGUGUACGUUUGCCAAAAUAUUGAUGUAAAUUUUCCCUAAGAAUGGUGGUUUAGGUGCUUUACUCAGUGUAAAUUUUCUUAAUGCUUUAUUCUGGUGAAAGCUUUAGCACAGGUCUUUCUGGCAUGUGCUCCCUUUGCCUUCUAGACCAUUGCUAAAUACAGCGGUGAUGCCGAUGCUAUUAUCCAAAGAGUUGUCUGCUUCCUCAGAUGGGUACGGCUUUAUAUUCAGUUGCUUCUUUAUACAACAAGGUGCAAAUUAUUGACACGAAUCCAAAGAUCCAAUGCCAGUGAUAGGCGAUGAUAUUUUGAUUCUUUGCUCAGAGGAUCAUCUGUCGCUGUUCACCAGAUUUUCUGUGUGGGGAAGAAUUCUUUAUCUCUCCAUUGUAUUUCCUGUCCAGGUGUGACAAUGAAGGAUUCUGACUAUCAAAAUCAAAACCCUAUGUGUGAACAGCAACAUAAUCAAUUUUUAGACCUUUGUAAUACAAAUAAUCCUAACCAAAGAAACUAAGUCUCUGUUAAUUAGUGAUUUUCUUUGGUUUUCAUUUAAAAACAUUGUUCUCAUUUAAAUGUGAUAUGAUUUUCAAUGGUUUUGAUGACUAGAAAGGCAUUUUUACAUAGUUGAAUUCUUAAAGCUUGAGAUAUCAUAAGCUGUCCUACUGUAUGUUGUCACCAUCAUAUUUCACCUGAAUGAUGCUUAGGUUACAAUGAAAACUUAAAAUUAGAUUUUUUUUUUUUUUUAAAUUUUUAGUAUGAUGUGAACCAAAAAUUUCCCCUUUUUCAAUGUGGCAUUUUUCUAAAUUAUAGGAUUUGUCUCAAGUUUAAGCUGUCUGUGUAAAGCCUGAUUUGAUUCCACAGGUGAUUUUGCUGACUUAAUUCAGGUGCCAAAUAUAGAUUUAGGAUGUAGACUUGACUGUUAUUAUUUAACUUAUGAUUUUCUGAUAUUUUGCUUUUGAAUACCAAAAACACCCUUUAAUGCAAUGUAUGCAACAG